AUGUCGGACGUCAACGCACUCGUGUUCCAGCCGCUGAACCAGUUCUUCAAGAACUCGCUGCACCUGAUUAAGAAGUGCAACAAGCCCGACCGGAAAGAAUUCGCCCGUAUCGCUGGCGCCACGUCCGUGGGUUUCCUCAUGAUGGGCUUCAUUGGAUUCUUCGUGAAGCUCGUGCACAUCCCUAUCAACAACAUUCUCCAAGCUAGAGCCGCGAGGCUCGAGAGCACGCGACUGUGCCACGUAAACGGCAAUCCGCUGACUCCCAGAGCCUUCGCCGUAGACCAGAAGCUGCGACGCGCUGCACCUCGAGGCAUCGAUAGCUUCUUGGGAGCUGGAGAUCGCGCGUUCUUGAGUCGGAGUUCAAUAGACGGUUGUCUACCAACUGCGCAGACCAGCGGAGGAUUGUUGCCACUUCAACGUGCCAUCGAGUUGGGGGAUGUCCAGACCCUGGAGCACGCGUUGAUGAACGGAGAUGGCAACGCACUCACCAGCGCGUGCAAUGCAUUCGGAGAGACGCUGCUGCAUACAGCAGUGCUCCAUCAACAGCUUGAAGCUGUGCGAUUGCUGCUCCAUCACGGCGCUUCUCCUCUCUCGAAGCUUCCGGACAAUCUGAACCUUCCAGCGGCCGAGUCGACACUGGAGAGCACAGCGCCACGCACCUCCAACUUCCGCUACAGUCGCAUGCUCGAAGCCUCGGAGGCCACCCCACUACAUUACGCCUGUUCUACGGGCCACGUUGACAUCCUUAAGUUGCUGUUAUCAGUCGCGUCGCCUCUGGAUGACAUUCCGAAGCGUUGGCGACCUGGCAGUUUGUUGCUAUGGGCAAUCACAAGCGCUCAGUCAGAUAUAGUGAAGUUUCUGGGGCUUCAAAGUCGUCUAGAAGCUGAUUGCUUUGACGAAGACGGGAACAACUCGGUGGCGAUUGCAGCGCUUGUGCUUGGCACUCCGGAGACUCCGGAACGGCUCGCAACACUCAAGACAAUCCUCAAGUUGCUGCUACGACGCGAACCUGAAGAUGGCGGCGCCGAUGUGAACCACAAGAACAUGUAUGGCCUCACAGCGCUCGAUGUGGCCGAGACAGCAGCCUCCAAGCUGAUUUUAACGCAACUCGGCGCUUCAACCGCUCGUAUUGUGCCUGUGGAACGAGUUCUCCGUUGGGAUCGCAAUAGAUUCCGCGACGAGAUCGAGUACUUACCUCCUCCUGGACGUCGUCGUGUUAUGCUUCGAGACCAAACGAACAAGCAAGACAACUAA